CUUUGGGUUUCCUAGAGGGGCAAGCUCGUUCCCACUUCCGGCACGCGAGCACCAAGGCUUUCUGGCUUCCCUCGGCUGUGCGGGUAAUCUGCGGAGCGAGGUAUCAGACUCAGGUCAGAAGGUUUGGUGGCAAAUGUACUGUCCCAUCCUGUCCUUCCACGUGCUCCCACAACUCCCAGACAAGGGGUUCUUUGGAUCCACCUCCUCUCUGCCUCAGCCUUUCAGAUUAUUCUGACCAGGAUGUUCAGAGAAACAACAGCCUUGGCCUGUCAUGCUUCAAAAGGACAAAAUAGGCUCAACUUUGUGAAAGUUGAAGAAGAAAAUGGUGUUUGGAAGCAGGACUUAAGUCUUCAGGGAAACCUCCAGAGCCAGGAGGUUUUCCGUCAGCAGUUUAGACAGUUUGGUUACUCUGAUUUCACUGGGCCCCGGGAGGCUCUGAACCGACUGCAGAAGCUUUGCCAGCAGUGGCUGAGGCCAGAGGAGCACUCUAAGGAGCAGAUCCUAGAAUUGCUGGUGCUAGAGCAGUUCAUGACCAUCUUGCCUAUGGAGCUGAAGGCCUGGGUGCAAGAACACAGGCCCAGAAGUGGAGAGGAGGCUGUGACUCUGCUGGAGGAGCUAGAGAGAGAAUUUGAUGAACCCAAGCACCAGGGUUUUUCUCUUAGCUGCACUCAGUCACACUACUGGUACUUGUUACUCUAGGACACAGCUCAUGGUCAAGAAAUGAUCUGCAAAGAAACGACACUCAUGGGAACAUCAGAGUCUCUAAGUAGUCCACUGCAGUCCUUGGAGAGCCAUUGCAAGAGUGAACCCCAGGAUCCCCAGAUUUUCCAUGAGAGAGAUGAGGCAACCCUACCAUUUAGGGUUGAUGAUGAAGAUAGCAAGAUGGUGACUGGGAAAAUAUUGACAGCAAAGCAAGAAAUUAUUGAAUGUGUUGCAUCAGUGGCCAUGGCAUCUCCAGGAAGACUUCCUAGGGAAACUUCUCCAGUACAGAUAGUUGAAGAAACUAUGGAAUGUCUGGACAACAAUGAGAAGCAAAGAGGAAGUGAUGAUACAAGCAACAAAACAAGUCAGCUUUCUUCUCAGGAAGACUAUUUCAGUUUGGCAACCUUUAACAAGAAACCCCCUAUAGAACAGAACAUCUUUGAGUGUAAUGAAGGUGAUAGGAUCCCUAGUCAAAACUUACAUGGUACUACACGGCCCACAACUCACACAGGGAAACUGCUCUAUGCGUGUGUAGAUUGUGGGAAAACUUUUUGCAAUAGAUCAAAACUUAUUAGACACCAGAGAAGUCACACUGGAGAGAGACCUUAUGCAUGUAAAGAAUGUGGAAAGGCCUUUGGUUUCAGAGCAGACCUUGUAAGACAUCAGAGAAUUCACAGUGGUGAAAAACCGUAUAAAUGUUGUGACUGUGGAAAAGCUUUUGGGAGCAACACAGGGCUCAUUAGGCAUAGGAGAAUUCAUACUGGAGAGAAACCUUAUGGUUGUGAUGAAUGUGGGAGAGCCUUCAGCCAAUGUUCUACUCUUAUUCAGCAUAAGAGGAUUCACAGUGGAGAAAAACAUUAUAGUUGUGAUGAAUGUGGGAAAGCCUUCAUCCAGAGCUCUGCCCUUAUUCAGCAUAAGAAGAUUCACAGUGGAGACAAAAGCUAUGAAUGUACUGAAUGUGGUAAGGCUUUUUGGACAAGUUAUGUUCUUAGGGAACAUCAAAGAAUCCACACUGGUGAGAAACCUUAUAAAUGUAAUGAAUGUGGAAAAUCCUUUAAUAGAAGCUCAGCACUCACUGUGCACCAGAGAACUCACUCUGGGGAGAAACCUUAUGAAUGUAAUGAAUGCAGGAAAAUAUUUAGGCAUAGGUCAGGCCUUGUGCAGCAUCAGAGAACACAUACCAGAGUUCAGCUCUAAGGGUCAGUGGUUGUACAAUUGUGAAAUGCAAGGAAUUCACUUUGAAGGUGAGACUCCACAAAAGAUAGAGAAGUUUCCUGAUAGCAGGAUUUUUGUCUUUCCAGCCCAGUUCUGUAAAAAGAGAUCCACACAAAAUGUUUGCAUAUUGAAAGAAGAAUUUUAUCCAAAACUUGUCUACAAAGAAUGGUAUUUUCUAAGGGGGUUGGGGGGGGGGGGAACUGACCCAUUUCUGGAUGAGGACUCUCACCAAUCCGCUCUUCAUCCCACUCUCCACUUCAGAUAGAACUGCCAUUGAGCACCUUCAUGUAAGUCCAUGAUUGGGGCACAGAUCCGUAAGAUCUCUUUAUAAGGUCUGUCUAUAAAAGUGUUUAUGCCUGACAGGAGUAGGCAUGUUUUAAGAGUUACUGAACCCUGAAAUGUUGAAUUGAGGCUAUGAAAUGUCAUGUCCUGGAUCAGUUUAAUUAAUAUCUGAGGAGUAUUAAUAUCUUGCUAGUGCCUUUAACCCUGAGAUUCCUGUUACAGUGUACUUCCUUAUUUAGAAUCUGCUGGGCUUAGCCACUGGGUGAAUAGGCUUGGUCAUUGUCUUCUCCAAACUAAGGGCUAAUAGAAUAUACAUAUUUAAUUAUUAUGGUUAAGUCUGUGGCAAUAACUAUGCCAGUUAAAUUCAGGAGUCUGUUGGAAGAAAUAUCAGAGAUUUUAUCUGAUCUAUGAGUUAACUAGAAAUUUCUUGGAUGUGAUAUUAAGACCUAAAAUGUAGAAUCAGCAGCUUGGCUAAUGGCAGAACAGAUGCAGAGGUCAUAGCAAUACAUGGCAUGAUAAGGAAUGGACACUCCUGCUUCAUGCCUUCACUCUAGUUCCUGCUGGAGCUGUUUGUGACCCUAGUUCAGAAAUCAGGUUGCUUUCUUUUCCUGUUUGUAAUAGCCUGAGUUGUAUAACGUGAAAUGUUUCACAUCGUAAAUGACCUACAUGAUCAAGAAGUAUUCAGAAUUAGCAUGAUAAAAAAAUAAAAACUGGUGUUUCUGAAGUCAUGCAUGUAUACCAAGGAAACAGCAUGCAUUGGAAGCUGACGGACGCUGGAGCCUGGAGAGUCCCUCAGCAUUAGGUCUGCAGAUGAUAAGCCACUUAAGGGAAAUACAGAGUCAAUCCUUCAGAUUCUAUAAAAUUCUUCCUUGACUUUAAUUUGGUUUAAGAUCCAUGUAAGGCAAGUGCUGCUUUAUAGACAUUUUAGACAGCCACGAGAGCAAGAGGAAAAAAAGCAUGGAGCAGAGAGAAAGGCAUUAGUUAUUUUCUUUCAGAAAAGGCUGUUGAGAGACAAAACAACCCUUUCUUUCAGCUGAUGUUGGUGUCUGCUCCAUUUCAUAAAGAUUGAAACUUAAGAUCUUCAGCUCUUUAACAUGAGAAUAUAGUCAAGAUAACUUGUAUAUGCCUGUUGAAUUCAUGGAAAAGCACUAAUGACCACAGCUAUUAAUCAUUUACAAGACACACUUUUCUCAGCCAUAAAUCUUUAAACAUGUAAGUUACUUGCAUAGGAGAUCUGAAGGGGAUUCUUCUAAUAUUAUGAGGCAGGUAAGUCUGCAUUGAAUUGAUCAACAGUGAAAGAUCAGAGUUAAGUUUGUUAGACUUGAGACAGGGAUGUUACAGAAAGCAAGUACUUAUUUUUACAACUCUCUCUUGGGCUUCUGUUCCCUACCAGCCUCACCCGGGGAUUAACAUUUAAUGAAAAAGAUUCAUUGUGCUCCCUGAAUAGGGUUCUGAUUUCAAAUUCUGACUUUGUAGCUAUAAGUCUCCAUUUCCUAUGUACAAAAUAUGAUUUGUACUAAUGACUAACAUAUACACAAAGCCCUUGGCAAACACCUUUUACAUUUCCUUCUGAUCUAUGUAAGAACUCCAGAGUUCUUUCCCUGUUGUAAACAUUCCUACUUAACAUCUACGUUAGGCAUUUGGCUCAUUAUUUUUAUUGGUUAGUACAUACUCACCUAUAAAUGUCCAAGACAGUAUUACUUUCGUAUCCUCAUAAAAAUUAUUUUUCUGUUUAUACAUA